CUCUCCUCUUAUAGCGGCUGCGGUCCGGGCGCGAGGCAGCACAUCUCCCAGUGAGCGGACUAGAGUCGCACCUCCUCAUCCACCUGCUGUCACAUGACGAACCUCCUCCUCCGGUACCCCCACACAACAUCGGAAUAGCGAGCCCCCCAGGUGGCGCUGUGUUCCCAAACCAUGGCUUUCUCCGAGAGUCUGCUCCUGGCGCUCCUGCUGGCCGCCGUGGCACUCUCCCGCGGCGCCGAGCCCGGGGCCCCCGCCAAGCGGAGGCCGGCCUCGACGGGGGGCGGCGGCAAUGCCCUCCAGUACCCGGAGCAGGGGCUCCAGGGGCGGGGGCGCGGGGGGGCCCGCGGGGGCCAGGGGCCCCGCUCCGGGCUGCUGCCCCACCGGCCCCCCCACCCACUGGGCCGGCCCGAGGACGACGGACCCGGGCUGGAGGGGCUGGCCCCCGUCAGGCUGGAGGCGGGGCCGGGGAGGGGGCGGGGCCGGCAGCGCACGGGCGGGAGGCGACCGGCAGGCCGGGAGAACCACCCCCUGGGCCCCCGCAAGGGGAGGGGCCACGCCCACGGGAAAGGAAACCGGAACGGGAACCGGAACCGGAACCGGAACGGGAAAGGGCUUCUCCCGGAGCCUGCGCUGGGGUCCAUCCUGAAGGGGAGGGGUCUUCAGCACAAGGCCGCCGCCUCCUCCCCCUCCUCCCACUCCUCCUCCCCCUCCUCCCCCUCCUCCCACUCCUCCUCCCCCUCCUCCCCCUCCUCCCCCUCCUCCCACUCCUCCUCCCCCUCCUCCCACUCCUCCCCCUCCUCCCACUCCUCCCACUCCUCCUCCCCCUCCUCCCACUCCUCCUUCCUCAGCGACUUCCCCCCCGCCCAGCCCCCCUCCUCCGUCAGCGCCUUCUACGGCUCCGGCUCCUCCAUGGUUACCACGGUGAUGAACGAGCAUCCGCCAACGCUCCCCCCUGCCUCCACCAAGCCCCAGAAAGCAGCUCCGGUGAAGGGACAGGGCGAGGUGAUGCCCACCCUAGACAUGGCGCUGUUCGACUGGACGGACUACGAGGACAUGAAGCCAGUGGACUCAUGGCCGCCCUCCAGGAAGAAAGAAAAGAGGCGGAGUAAGAACCUGAGCAGCGGGAACGUGACGGCGGACUCGGACGGCCCUGAGCCAUGUGACCACCACCUGGACUGUCUGCCAGGCUCCUGCUGUGACCUGCGGCAGCACGAGUGCACCCCCCACAACAGAGGACUGAACAACAAGUGUUACGACGACUGCAUGUGUGAGGAAGGAUUCCGUUGCUACGCCAAAUUCCAUCGCAAACGCCGCGUCACUCGUCGGAAAGGUCGCUGCGUGGUCCCCGAGUCGGCCAAUAGCGAGCAAGGAGCCUUCAUCACGAUCUGAGGAGCUGGAGGAACACCAAGGGGAGGGGGGGGGGGGGGGGGAGUAUGGUGAACCCCACCCAGAGAGACAUCAGCAGACAUCUCCAGUGGCUCAACACCUUAAAGAUGGCAGCCAUGCUGCCAUCUUUAAGCCUGUAUUCCAUUGAUAAUAGAUCAUUUAAAAACAUGUAUUUGGUUCUGGUCAUUUCAGAUUUUCAGCAGUUUCAUCCAAUCUCCUCUUUGUCCAAACGAAGUGGUCCUACCACAGUGGUCUUUUGUUUUAAGAGUUCGGAGUUCAGCCCCUGUCCAACACCUUUUUCUACUUCCCUUGUGCCGUUUACAUUGUGCCAAGUAGGGAUGCACUGAUAGGCCGAUAUCAGCCACGUUGUACAUAGGCCAGAGUGUAGCAGUCGGCAGCAGUAUCCCAUGUUUUAGUGUUAUCUCGUGAAAAAACCCAUAAUAUUUCGUCCCAUGCGACUUUGUACGCGGAUAACGACCACUGUCGAAGUCGGGGAAAAGGUCAAUCGAUUUCGGUAUUGUGACCGGUCGAUAAGGACCUGAUGCAGCCCCGGCGCUGAAACCCUGUUUUAUUCAGCCCACCCACAGAAAACAGGAGAAUCCAUUCAGUACUUUAUCAUGGUUCCGGAACAGCUUAUGGAAGAUAUCGAGGACAUGUCCGGAAUAACUUCCGUUGCUCCGACUUGAUAGCGAUCCCAAACACGCAGAUGGGACAGUUCGGAAGCAGGAUGUGACAUUGAAGAUGUGUUAAAUGUGUAAACAAAUAAAUUCCUUGGGUGAAGGGGGGGGGGGGGGGGUGGUGUCUUUGGGCUUUGAUGAUUUUCCAUGUUUGUUAAUAAUAUGAGCAAUCUAUCAAAUUAACAAUGAACAAAAUAAAAAAAACACCAUAUAUCUAAAAAAAAAAACUAGGCUUGCGACCUCGGGAAUCUUUUAUUUGGUCCGAUCAGGUCUCCCCGGGUCAGAGAUAUCAGUUCUGUCCCAAAGUUCCCAAUGCUCAGAUAUCGAAUAAUAAUAAAACUCAGAGGGGGAAGUGAACUAUUUUUAUCGCUCGGAUAUUAUGCUGGUUAUUCCAGUUGCUCCACACGUCAGGACAGACCAUUAGUCCUCUCGGUUCAGGCACUUGUUGGGUGGGGAACUGAAUGGGGACGCGUAGUGAAUAAGGCCUACUGUGUUAUCUUUCUUCCAAACCUGACUCAUCUGGUGGCGCUACUGUGUUCUGUAAGCCUACUGUACAUAUGAAUGGCUUUAAUCACUCAAUUUAUAAGGUAAUGUUUCUUGUUUAUUGAAUGUACUUACUUUACGUUAGAAUGCAAAAGUUUGCCUGUUUGUUUUUUGCUUGACUUUAUUUUAUAUCUCCUAAUAUAUACUUUGUUUAUACUGGGGACUCCUCAUGUUUUCAGUUCAAACUUUUUACCCAUGAUUAAAACUGAAAUAGGAUAAA